UUUAAGAUAUAAACGAAAUGUAAACGAUACCGCGACACAUUUAUUGUGCAAAAUGGGAACGUUUCACCUCACUAUUUGUCUAUGUGCUGUUUUCAUUUUGUUUGGGAAUGAUGUGUUGGGACAAAAAGCAAUUUCUGUAGAUGUUGUUCUUCUUUUGGAUUCAACUGAUAAUGGACGAUCGCACAAUUUUGAUGAAGAGAAGAGAUUUGCAUCAGCGGUCACAGAGAGGUUAUUUGAUCCUAAUGUUCGCAUUGGUCUGUUCACGUUUGGCCAAAAUACAUAUAGCCAGUUUACUCUCGACAUGUACUCGAAUAUUCGUGAUAUGAAACAAGCCAUUCUGUAUAUGUGGUAUAGUACUGGAAAUGGCCCACUCGAAAAAGCAAUAAACACCACGAUAUAUGAAGCUUUUAAGACUACGAAUGGAGACAGAAUUUGCGUCUCAAAUACCCUAUUAAUCCUUUCGCACUCUGGGUUUGCAAAUGCAACUCUUAAUGAAGAAACCGUGAAGGCAAUUGAACGGAAAAAAGUUCAAGUUUUUGUCAUUAACAUGGCGGGCCAAAAUGCACGAGACAGCUUUGUAGAUCUUACUAAAAAUGAAUCGAGAGUUGUUGAUGCGUCUAAUUGGAAUGAACUGCAAAGCGUUUCAACCAAAGUUAGCGAACUAUUAUUAUCUGACGUCGGCAGUACUGGCUGCGGUCGUCUAACACAAUGGGAGUCAUGGACGGGCUGCAGCAGAACAUGUGGACAUGGUUUCACCUUUCGAACACGUCAGUGCCAUAAGGAUGAUCCAUUAGACCAAGACUGUGACGGGGAAAUGUCGGAACAUAAAGAAUGCUUUCUAACUGACUGCACAGAGCCGGUAGAGGGUAAAUGGGCUUUCUGGGGUGAUUGGGGCUCAUGUUCAAAGACAUGUGGGACAGGGUCCCAGCAGAGAACUCGCACAUGUACGCAGCCAGCGCCUGCUAACGGCGGUAAAGUCUGUACCGGAAACUCGACGCAAACGAGAUUAUGUGCUGACUACAAAUGUCCAGAUUGCAAUGCAACGUGUCCGGCUGGAGCACAUAGAUCGCAAGACUGCAAACUUUGCGAGUGUUCAAGCUUGACACUCUAUGGCCAGGCCUUGAAUGACAAUAACGAAACCGUGAAAAAUGCUGGUAUUUAUUUAGAAUCUAGUAUGUACAGCCCGCUCGCGACAACGGAUGAGUUUGGUUUGUUUGAAAUAAGCGGUGUGUGCUUGAUGAACGAGAGGGUGUUCAUAACAGCCGAACAUUGCGCUGAUGCCCAUAUUACCCCAAUAGAAGUCAACGCUACGCACUGGACGCUUCCUAAUUUCAGGCUUGAAGUUUACGUUCCACCAGUGUUUAAUGUGCUUCCUGAGGCAAAAAUAAGGAUGGCUGGACAAAACCUGGUUUUAUGUUGCAAAGCGAAUGGGAAACCCUCGCCUUCUAAUUACAAAUGGUACAAAGACGAAAUGGAACUUGGCAACGUUGGAAUGAAUGGAACACUUGCUAUUGAAGAUGCAAAGAUAGAAGACUCGGGGAAAUAUAAAUGCAGUACAGAGACUGACGCUGGAAUUUCGCAGUCUCAUAACAUCGAUGUUACUAUAACAGCCAACGCAUCCGAUACUUGCGGCAUGCCUCUUUCCAAACUUGAAACUUUACCUACCGGAUGCGUCGCCGAAAGUAACAAUGCUACUGUUGUUGAUGUCAGGACGUGUGGAAGUGUUAACUGCAUGACAUCUACAUUGCACGAUAAUGGCUCCUGUAGCGAUUACUGGCCACAUCAUUGUUGUUCUGCUAAGGAUGUUCAACAAGUACGAAUCUUAUGUGAAGGAUUCAGUUACAUAACGACAACCAUAACCUCAUGCGAGUGUAAACAAUGCUUUUUUAAGUCGGUUGUUACUGGAAGGGCGUUUGGAAGAAUAGAUGGCAUAGAGGUUCCACUGCAACUCGGUGAAAUCAUCAUCAAUGGGAAAAUAUUUGCUCAAACGUCAAUGGCCGGCUUUUUUAAGUUCGAACUUUCGAAAGGCAUACGUCGAAUAGUCGCAACAUUUCAUGAUGAGACUUUUAAAAAGUUUGCUGAUGUUACAAAAAUAAUACAAAUUAAGGAAGGAUCUACUACAUUUGCCACAAUUGUCGUUCCACCGAAACCAACUCCUCUUCCAUUUCAUGCAGACAACGGUACUGAGAUACAUCUUGGAGGAAGUGCUGACUUGCCUCCUGCAGCAAAACUGGCAAUCCAGCCAAAUUCCAUUGUCACCCCUGAUGGGAAACCGUUCAAAGGAAAAGUUCAGGCAGCAUUACACUUUGUUGAUCCACGAAAACGAAACGACAUUGAAGCGGCUAAUGGUGAAUUUGAAAGUGAAGCUCCUGAUGGCAGUAAGGUUCCCCUGAAGACAUUUGGAAUGUUCCAGCUUGGCAUGACAGACGAAAAUGGAACAGACCUCUCAGUUAAUAAACCACUUAAGUUUUCACUCGACGCUUCCUUAUUUGAUGUGCCGGUAGACGAAAACGGUGAUCCGUUAUUGGCAUUGUGGACAUAUGAUAGUAAUAAGGGUACUUGGGUUGAAAUUGCAAAAAUGCGAAAGGAAAUUACAAAUAUCGGAGGAAGAAAACUGUUGGGAGCUGGAACGUAUGUUGUUGACUAUCACCCUCGCGAUAUACCGCGUCUGUCUCAAUUUAAUGAAAGAGUUGAACGCAAGAUUAUUGGAUAUACAAAUUGUGAUCAUAGUGUGCCAAUAUAUGAAACAACAGUUAUUCGAGAACCAAGAGCGGGGGCUUGUUUUGUAUCGGUUUCAGUCUAUACAGAUUUGUCAUUAAAAGAGGCUUACGACGGAGGGGAUGUGGCAAUUAAUACAUACGUACAAGAUCCGCAUACCCUUACGUAUCUUGGAUACACAUCUACAAUAGUUCUAAAAAAUGGCCAUGCUUGUAUUCCUAUCUUUUGUCAAAAAAGAGUGUAUAUCCAUGUUGUUAGGAAUUCCAAGGAGCGUUUCUAUACAGGAAAACACUUUUUGCCUCACCCAGGCGUGAUUUCCCAAACUAAAGAUAACGAAAUACUCUUCGUUUCAAAUGACUUUGGAUCUCAAUUUGACAAGAGUUCCUACGAUCCAAACACAAUUUUCAAAGGGCCAGUGUUUCAACUGAAAGAUGAAAAUAUGUGUGGACGUUUAAAAGCAACGGAUAAGCACUUUACCUUCAAAUUUGCACCAUUUACCAAGUCACCAACAUUGCAUUUCGCAAACGGUCCUUUAAACUUCAACAAGAAACUAGCCUGGUAUCCUAUGGCGCCAUCCUCAACAACUUUCCGAAGCUGUUACAUGAAAGUUCUCAUAAAGAUGAACAACACCUACGGUUUGAGAGUAAUUGCAAAAAGUUACUUGGAACACGCAAAAGGAGAUGAAUUUGGAUCACACGAUGUUGGUCCUAAUCCUGACCCUAAAACUGACAACAAAUAUGUGAGAGGAGCCUGUUUUGAAUUUCGAUGCCCAGGACUUAUUCACAUCGGCGAUACGAAGCUCACAAACUUGUCUACAGCGGUGGAAGUGAGGCUCGUCGGUUUGGAAAAUAAAACUUGUCAAAUCAGAAACAAUCACGUGGGCUCUGAUGUCCAGCCGAUUCAGCAGACAGGGAAAGGCGCUGUAGGGUUCACGUUUAUUGCCGAAGCCGGUAAUAACUAUGGUCCGAAAUACGGCGUGUUCGUGGCAGAUAAACCAGCGAAAGAAACGGAACAAUAUUGCAACAGUGGCGUAGAUUCUGGCAGCCAGUUGGAUGGGAUUAUGAAUCCCCUACAUAAUCCUGCGGUUGAAUUUGAAUGUUCUUAAAAGAAACAUCUUAAUAUGUUGUUGAUUGAUAACAGACAAUUGAUUUUACAGUUUAAAUGUUGUGUAUGAUGCAUCGGUUAUUUUCACUUUUUGUUUCAGUAAAAUUAAUCAGAAUUGUAAAUAAAGAGCUUAACCGUA